UUUCAGUUAGAUUUCCGCAGUAACGGCCGCGGUGAAUUUGAGUGAGUGUCGCUGCUGGAUGGUGAUGAUGAUGGAGGACGCACGAAGUGGUGGUGGUGGUGAUGCACGAAGGGUUGCUGCUGGUCGCAGCGGGGACGACGAUGACGGCAUGUUUGCCAACUACUUGAACACACUGACAAGGCACCUGAGCAAGUAUGGCCACGGUAGCAGCGGCAGCGGCACAGGGAACACGGGCGACGACCGCACUGCACAACGUGCCGAUGAUGAUGAUUACGAUGAUGGUCAUGGGCAUGGGCAUGAUGAUGACGACGAUGUGGAAGGCUGCGUCGGGCAUGGGGACCAAUACCGCAGCGAGCCUGCACAUGGUGGUGGGCGUGGCAAGUCCGUGAGCUUUCGUCUCGAGAAGAAGCAGGGAGGAGGAGACCGUGAGCGCGCAGGAGAAGAAGGAGGGGAUGACGACCUUGACGGCACACGGAGGUCACGAUACAGCCACAGCACGCGGGCCGAUGUGCUCGAGAGCCAGUUGUCCCCCAUCCCUGCACGGCACACUGGGAAGGACGUAUCACAUGUGCUGCUUGACGACGACCUCCCAGCUCUUCGCACCCCGCGCGCAGCCAACCGCAGCCACCUCAGCUAUCAUGAAGGUGACAGCGGCCUCGAGGAGCAACUGGGCGUGUAUCGACAACGCGAUGCUAUUUACCAAGAUGAGCUGGCGUCACUGCAGAAGGAGAACUCCACACUGCAACAGCAAGUCCACCGCCUCCGUGGCGAGCUGCAGCGGUUGUCUCUGGAGACGCGAGAAGGGGACGCGGCCAGGGCCAAGUGCAACGAAGUGGAGAAGAUGCACCGGGUUGAGGAGCAGCUGAAGACGGAAGUGCGGGAAUCACAGACUCAAGCGCACGUCCUGCGACAGCAAAUCAACCAGCAGGAGACGACGAUUCACGAGCUGAAGCGGGAGGUUGAGGAUCUGCGACGCGAAGUGCUGGAGACGGGCGAACUCAAGAACUCUGCGGUUGAAGAAACACGUGCGGUGCUGCGUGAAGUCACCAAGGAGCGUGACGAGGCGCGACAGCUGUACGAACGCGUGAGCAAAGAACUGUCUUCUCGAGUCGCAGAAACCAAGUCCCUUCAGCAGAAGGUUGAGCUUGAGGAGCGGGUGUUGGCGGAGGAGCGAAACCAGACGGCGCUCAGAGACAGGCACAUCCAGGAACUUCAAGCGAAGGAGGCGGAGUUUGUGCGAUCGGAGCGACAACUGCGUGCCGCGCUCACAGAUGCCGACGAUGUGCGGGAGUCUCUGCUUCGGAAACUCUCUGCGCAGGCGACCACGAUUCGCGAUCUCCGAGAAGCAAUCGAUGCGUUGUCGGAGCAAAACCAGACACUUGUGUCUCACAAUCAACUGCUGCGAAGCGGAAGAGAUACAGCAUCCCUGCCCGAUUUCACCCCAGCCAGGUUUGAAGGGAGCAACGUGCAGGAAAAAGCCGCCGGUCGCGUCACGUCGGCGGAGGCAGACGCGCUCCAAGAUGAGCUUGGCAAGACGCUGCAGCAGUUUGCGCGUGUGUUUGAUCUUGCGCUCGCGCGCAUCAACAACAGCGACGAUGAUGUGCGUCGCCUCCUCGGUCUCUCCGCCCAGCGAGAUGCGCCGCUGUUCGUGCGCACAACGGACGUUUCCUCCCGCCUCGACUGCAUCAGAGAGAUGCAGCGGUUCAUCAACAAGCUCGAGACCGGCAUCAGCGACGCGUACGCGAGAGAUGUUGGUCAUCAAGCGUGUGGAAUUCAAUGACACAAGCGCACGCGACAGUGUUGUUUUCGUCUUCUCUUCUACUUCUCCUCCCCUCUCGUGCGCGCGCUUCCCAACGCGCUUUAGCCCAGCCUUGUCUCUCCCUUCCAUGUUUAACCAUUGUUUGUUCUUUCCUUUCUGUCACUCAUGCAUCCGUACGUGCACGUGCUCGUUGUUGAACAUACUUCUAAUUGAUUACACGCCUUCUUCUCUUUUGUCCACAUCAGCAUUCCAAAUAACAACCAAACAUG